AUGAUCCCUCCGCUACUUUCCGCCUCUAUCGCAACGACGCUCCUCAUCAUCAUCUCCAUCUCCAUCCUCAUCUUGCGCCGUCUGCGAAUCUCAUCCUCCCAAGCUGUACAAGCUGGGGAGAAAUCCGCCCACGAAAAUGACUACGACAGCCCAUCGGGGCCUACCAUGCUCAGCAAAAGCCUUGCAUCGGCACUACCCGACAGCGUCAUAUUCCCACACGAGGCCGCCGCCUUCAAGCAGUCGAUGAAUUCCUACUGGGCCCAGCAGGAGUGCGAAGUGGUUCCAACCUGUGUCGUCCGGCCCCACGAUGUGCAGCAGCUCAGCACCGCUGUCACGAUCCUCAAGCGCGAGUUCGAUGAACGACGAAAACAAACUGGUGAGGAACAAGUCGAAGGACUAUUUGCUGUCCGUGGCGGUGGUCACUCACCGGUCUCUGGUGCUGCGAGCAUCAAGGGAGGCAUUGUGAUAGAUCUCGGCCGCUUGUGUGAGGUAAACCCCUCUGCGGAUGGAACGAGCGUGGUCAUCGGAGCUGGCUCCAAGUGGGCGGAUGUUUCCAAAGUCCUAGAUGAGAAGUUUCUCGCUGUUGUUGGAGGCAGGAACUCUGCUGUUGGGGUUGGCGGCUUGACUUUGGGAGGUGGACUCUCCUUCUUCUCCCCCCGCUUCGGCCUAGUCUGCUCCAAUAUCCUCAGCUACGAACUCGUCCUUGCCUCUGGCUCUGUCACCACAGCCUCGGAAACAACCAACCCCGAUCUCUGGCGCGCUCUCAAAGGCGGCUCGAACAAUUUCGGCAUCGUCACAAGCUUCACGGCCCGUAGCUUCCCCUCCACCAAGAUUUGGAGCGGGUUCCUCUACAUGCCUCGCUUCCAAGCCUCCAAGGUCCUCGCGGCUUUCCACGAGUGCGUCAACAGAACAGAUUCAGGCGGCCCCAGCACCACGUACCACAAUCACGCUGCCGGCCCCAUCACCUGCUUCUCCUAUAUCCAUCAACUCGGCGCCCAGGUCAUCUCUGUGAAUCUCGUCUACACCAAACCCCCUGAGGACGAGAAGAAAUGGCCAGUCUGCUGGAAGAGCAGCCCCUUUGCAUCACUCUGGCGCCUCUGGAGCACCUGCAAGGUCCGUACUCUAACCAGCGCCACGGACGAAAUGAACGGGCUCAACCCACCUGGCAGGCGCCAAGUUUUUGCCAACACUACUAUCAAGAACGACGCUGCCACCCUCACCGCCGCUCACGCUGCCUACAACGAUGCCAUCGCCUCGUUCCGCCGUGCCAACGUCAAGGAAUUGGUCUGGACGCUCGUACUGCAGCCGCUCCUGCCAGACUGGGUAUCCAAGGGCGAUGCUAAUCCGCUAGGUCUGGACGACUGCACUGAUGUCCCUCUCGUCAUCGUGAGCUUCACAGUCAACUGGGCCGAAAGCCGGGAUGACGAGUUCGUCAAAACAAUGACGCGGAAGGUGGUCGAGCAAAUUGAUGCCGCUGCAGCGGCUAAUAAAACAGGGCAUCGAUAUCGGUACUUGAAUUAUUGCGCGGAGUGGCAGAGGCCAUUUGCUAGCUAUGGCAAGGAGAACUGGAACUUCUUGCGGGGGGUAAGUAAGAGAUAUGAUCCGGAGGGCUUGUUUCAGAAGGGGUGUGUAGGUGGGUUUAAGCUUGACCCGGUGGAUGUUGAGCCUUGA